AUGGCUGCCAUGAGAUCAAGCUGCUGCCUGAUCAUCAUUUCUCUCCUUGUUGUGGGUUCUCUUUCCGCCUUUGCUCGGAUGUACGUAAAACCCAUGGACGUCAAUGAUCCCCAUGUGGUGGAGAUUGCGAAUUUCGCAAUCACAGAGCACAACCACAAAUCUAACGCGAAUCUAAAGCUAGUAAAGAUCGAAAGUUGCAAUAGGCAGGUACACGGUGUUUUAGGCAACAGCUACCAGCUUGUGCUGUUGGCCAGCAAUGGAACCACUGAAGAGACUAAUAAGUAUUGGGUACGGUUGGGUAUUCAGCCAUCCGAGAAAUACGUGCUUGGAAGCUUUAUUCUUGCACCCUCUCUUUAUCAUUAG